AAACAGACGGUUGACGCAAACUCACGUGUCAAGUGAACAUAAGUGGUGCAUCGUCGCUUUAUAAAAUCGCCGGCGACUCUUCCCAGCAGACACUUUCAAUUCAAUUUCUAAAACCCUAAUUUUUCUCGCUUCAGUCAACCACCACUGCACUGUACACAUCGAUGGUGAAGAAGCCAUGAUGAUUUGAAAAAGAGUGAAGUAUCUGUUUUUUCUUUUCUUACAUUUCUUAUUAAUUUUCAGAAUGGGGGAUUCCGACAAGGACUCCGGUGGAGGACAAAACGGACAGUCUCCGUUGUCUCCCAGAGAGCAAGACAGGUUCCUACCGAUCGCUAACGUGAGCCGGAUCAUGAAGAAGGCCUUGCCGGCAAACGCCAAGAUCUCCAAAGAUGCUAAAGAGACGAUGCAGGAGUGCGUCUCCGAGUUUAUAAGCUUCGUCACGGGAGAGGCGUCGGAUAAGUGCCAGAAGGAGAAGAGGAAGACGAUCAACGGCGACGAUUUGCUUUGGGCUAUGACCACUCUAGGGUUCGAGGAUUACGUUGAGCCGCUGAAGGUUUACUUGCAGAGGUUUAGGGAGAUCGAAGGGGAGAGGGCUGGACUUGGGAGGCCACAUACAGGUGGCGAAGCUGGAGAGCAUCAGAGAGAUGCAGGUGUUGGUGAGGGCGGUGGGUUUUACGGUGGUGGGAUGCAGUAUCACCAGCAUCAGUUUCUUCACCACCAGCAGAACCAUAUGUAUGGGUCAACAGGCGGUGACGGUGGAGGAGGAGCUGCCUCCGGUAGGACAAGGACCUGAGAGAUUGGUGAGAGUGGAUCUCUGUAUAUAGAUACAUUUAUAAACAUGCCUAUUCAUACCCAUAAGAGUUCGCAACAUCAAUCUAUUUAAAUAUCAUGUUGGUUAUGUAGGCUGUGUAAAGAGGAUCAAGUGUGUCUGGAACUAUAUGAUUCGCUAACGAAUCUGCUCCGUUUAAUCUUGUAUUCAAACUAUUGGAUUUGGAUCACAUUGAAUGCAAAUGUUUUCAGAUUCAAGU